AUACGACGGGACACAAAAAUAUCGACAGGAGUGAGAAAUCUGAACAUCCACAGUUUGGAUGUGAUUUUUGACACCUUGAUUGAAAUUGCAACCUGUCUUUGGAGAAGAAAUGUUUUAUCAUAAUUAUGGAUUAUGGCCAGGUCGCUGACAACACAUAUGGCUGAUUCACGGUUAUGGAUUUGACCUGGAUUUAUAAAUAUUCUCCAGGAAUUUUGGAAGGACAAACCUGGAUCAAUACAUUGGAGAAUGGCGGAUGAUAACGACAGUUGCCUACCCGGAAGAACAAUAUGGCGUCAUGGACAUUAAAAUACAUUGAUUGUCCUGUCAAUCCUGAGUCAACAAUAGACAAUGUGAUAUAAUAUACAUGUAUACAUAAUAUUCUACAACAGUUUGUAAAAAACACUACCAAUUGUCGGCCCUUGCCUUGAAUGAAGCGAUGAUACGCCGUUAAAUGAUGAAUAUUUUCAAGUUAAAACACACUACGAGUUGUCUGCUCUUAGAAGAAGUUAGAAUGAGUUGCGGCGUUAGGAGUCGUAUCAAUAAAAAACACCCAGUUUUCUGCCGUUGAAGGAAUAUAUAAAUAUGGUGUCGUCAGUUUUCCCACUAUAUAUAAACUGGAAAAUUGCAUCUUUUCUGUAUUUCGACAACACAUCAAGGCAUUUGUAAACUUGACGGCCAUUCAAAAUGGACAAAAAUGACUUGUUCCGCGCGGCUCAAACAAAUGACAUCAAACUGUUCGAGAGAUGUAUCACAGCUGGCCUUGACCCUCGAACUGUCGGAGAGCGAGGGGAGACAAUCGUACACUACAUCUCAAUGAAGAACAGUUACGGACUUCUGUGUCAUGUUGCAGCCACUAACAGUGAUUUGGUGACAGAACUGGUCAACCGGGCAGAUAAUGACCGAGAUUCGCCAAUGCAUUGGUGCGCUUUCAGUUCCACGCCGUCGUUACGUAUCUAUGAGAAGCUGUUGACCCUUGGGGCGGACCCCCUACAACGUGACCAAUGGGACCAGUCUAGCCUGGAGCUGGCCGCCGUCAGGGGGCGCACUGACCUUGUGACGUUUAUAAAAUGGCGGGAAGCACAUCCACAAGGUCUGCCACAAGACAUACAGGGAUUGGACAACAUCUCGAUACUACAAUACAUCAACACGUUCGGAAGUAUGAACAGUAGCCACGCCCUCCUCUACGAGAUGGCAAUGAAGGGAAAGAAGGAGAAAUCCUCACACAUUCGUAUCAUUUUCCUUGGUUACCAGGGCGUCGGGAAGACAACCCUUUACUACCGACUGACAGGUCAGAAACGACAGGUUUUCUCCACGGACACACUGGAGAUCGUACAGAACAGGCUAGUCAUUGACCGUCUGACCAUGAAAAGGAAGCUUCUAGAGGAAGGUCUGGAACUGGAAACGAGUCUGCAGAGGAUCAGGGAUGUCGUCAUUGGCUCCAUGACAGCAGAUAACGACAAUGGGGACGAGGUGGACGGAGGACCAAUCAAAGACAAAAAACGUCCAGUUUCCGCUCGGGUUGAUAAUAACACUCUCCGCCCGCCACCUACAACACUCAAAAGGACUCGUUCCGAACCGGACGCCAUGGCUGACCUCCAAGCCGAGGCAGCUGUCAUGAUGUCCAAACGUCCGGUAGAGAGUUUCGGAUCGUGCGGACAGAAGACAUACGUUAGUGUUUUUGACUUUGGCGGGGAGUCAAUGUUCAGUAAUCUUCAGCAUAUCUUCCUCAACUGUAACGCUGUCAUACUCCUCGUGUUCAGCCUACACAACUGCUUCGAUGAGAACGCCAUAUUUGAGAGGGUGUGUUUCUGGUUGAAGUUCAUCGCCACCUACUCGUGCCAAACGACAGAUGUCUACCGCCCUCCAAUUAUAUUGGUCGGCACCCACCUCGAUCUCAUAGAAAAUAGUGAAAAUUUAGUGGUGAGCAAGGUGAAUAGAGCCUUACGGAACAACCCAGAGACAGCGCAGAUUUACCAGAAACAUGUGUUCAAAUUCGUUACUGUUGACAACACGAAAGACGACAAGUCAGACAGUUACGAAGUUCUCUGGAGCUCUAUUAACGCGGCUGCGCAGUACCAGUCACACUGGGGUCAACUACUUCCGGGGAACUGGAUUGCAUUAGAGCGUGAAAUAAUGAGACUGAAAGUUAGAAGGAAAGUGAUGACAUUUGAAGAGAUCAGGAUGAUUGGAGAAAGUCUCACCGUGCCUCUUGAUGAAGGGGAGGUGAAGGCUAUGCUGGAGUACCUCCACAUGAUGCGUAGUAUACUCUGCUUCAACAUGGAUCUUCCGAAAGCCAAAAUGAUCCUGGAUCCACAAUGGAUGGUUCAGGCCUUCCGCAAGAUCGUCACAGUAGAGAAAUUCUUCGACAAGAUCCACGGACAGAAACAUCCACUGUUAAAAGCUUACCAACAAACAGGCAAGCUCACUAUGGAGUUUAUCGAAUAUGUGUGGAAAUCUGACCUCGGUUUUUUAGAGUUCAAAGGAACUCUUUUAUACUAUCUUGAACGACUAGAGUUGCUUGUCAAACCACUUCCAGAGAAAGGAGAGUCAGUCGUCAAUUACUACAUAGUUCCAUGCAUGUUACAGCCAGCUGAUCUGGAGGUGGUCAGAACACUGCUGGAAGCCCCCGAAACAGUGAAAACAGCGACCUUGGUUUUUGACUUUCAAGGUCGAUUUCUACCUCCUGCCGUGUUCAACAAGAUUUUAGCUUCCUGCAUUCACAGGUUCAAAGUAAUGCAAGCGUCUGAUGGGUCUUUGUAUCUGCAGCAAGGGCUUGCUUGUUUUGUACUGAACCCACGGUGGAAUAUGGUGCUUCACUGCAGAGACUCGUUCAUGAAGGUGACGCUGUUUUCCUUGUCACGUGAUAAUCCGGAGUUUGAAGUUGAGGCUGUUCCAGGAGAGGGAUAUUCAAUCCUUCGCAUCCUGGAGGAGAUCGUACAGGCAACACUUGAUAGGAAUCAGCAGGAUCACGUAGCCUACAAACUUUACCUUCAUGAUCGCUUCCACAUCUACCCCGGUCAAAAGCUUUUUGACCCUGAUGACGUCAUGAACACGUCAAUAGUGUCUUUGUCUGGUCCGUCGGAUGAAGUUGAUGCGUGCAUGCCUUCCCUGAACAGAUUAGAUUACGAUGUGUGGUUCCAGUCCCCAGUACAGACUCCUCGGAAGGAAAAACGAGAUGCACAGCAGAACAGAAAACUUGACAGGUGUCUGAAUCCACGAGAGAUGGGCCGUGUUGCUAAAUACAUAGGCACAUGCUACAGUAUCUUCUUCACUGUUCUCGGUCUAGAUGACAACACCAUUGAUCACAUCCGGUUACAGUAUGGCCACUUCCACUUCCGGUCACAAGUCACCAAGAUGUUCAUCGUUUGGAGGAACAAGAAGAAAAGCAAAGCUACACUCCUCGAGAUCGUCAAGGCCAUGGAGUUUAACGAACUUUGUGCGGAUGACAUGAUGGACGAAAUCCAAUCAGAUUCCUUCCUCAUACAGACAGCCUCCAAAAUGACGUAUCCAGACGACAUUGAUCUCUCGUUGAAAGUUCAAAGGUCAUGUCCAUCAGACCGUGACACAUGGACCUUCGCAGAGUGCAUAGGCAACAUGUACUUCAAUGCAAUGAUCGAACUUGGUUUGAAAAACCAGUGUAUCGAGAGGGCGGAAAUGGACCACCGGAACAAGGUUUUGCAUGUUAUACAUGCCCUGCUGAUGGAAUGGGUCAAAGUUCAAGGUUCAGAGGCAACGAUCCUCAAACUCUACCUCGCUCUGGAAGAAUGUCAGGGUGACUGCCUAGAAUUUGUAGACGGAAUUAAUCACAACUAUAAGUGUGCAGAACCUUGUCGAGGGGCUAGACGUACCUAGAGAAAUCUUCCUGACAUCAUCAUGACGUCACUAAAUUAAAGGAAGUCACAUGUCAAAGUUCAAUAUGCUGGUAAUAUAACUGAAGAAAAUAUCAAAAUACGUAUCAGUUGAUAGUGGUCAGCCAUUGUGUGAUAGUCACGUGACAAAUGCUGGUCCCUCGGUCCGGUGUGAGACGUGGGUAUCUGUGGUCCAAUGGGUAAAUCAGCAAGUAAAAGGCUUGCUCGGUUUGGUAUGACCGCGGCGCCGUCCAAACUAAGAACGAAUCCACCAUCGCCCAGCAAUGUACUGUAAAAAGACAAAGAGAAAUGGAUAUUGAAUGUUGCAGAGGAGCACAGGGUGCUUAAACGCUUUUGGUUGCCUUAGCUGUGCUUGACAAGUGCUUUUAUAUAAUUGUAACAUUCUAUCGGGGAAGUUUCUCAGUAUAAAGAGGCACACAAUGUAUUUAAAAGAAUACCAGGGUCUUACCUUCUAUUAAGUCAAAAUGGUUUUUAAAAUGUUGUUAAAAUCAAUCAAAUUACCUCCCUGGAUGAUUCAAUCAAUAGAUUGCCCGCUCAUCAUUCUUAAACAUAGAAUAUAUUGUACAUGCCAAUUUCAUUUUCUUGGUGAACAAAUAUUCACGUUCUAUAUUUAAAAUUAUUCAUAUUGUUCAAGAAUAUCUGUGUAAAUUGAAAUGUGUUUAUAUUUUACCCCCGUUUUAUCUAUUUUAGUUGGAAUUUGAUUUUUGUUCAUUUGUCGGUAUCGCCCUAUUUUUAUAGCAAAUUUUGGCAUAAAUGUCAUUUUAUAUAUUUCACUCUCUAGGUAUGUCGCUUUAACGAAUAGAAAGUGCCUCCGAUUUAACGUAAAAUCUGCAUAGUGAUGAAAAUGGCUUCCUCAUACACAAUAUCUUCUGAAGGACCUUAUCAUCCCAGAUCGGUAAUUCUUUUUUCAUUUCCUCUUAUCUCGCAGUGUUUCCCAAUAAAAAAUAUUGAUAUACGUUUGUGAUACUGCGUCUGGGGCACAGUUGUUUCAGCUGUUUAUUCUUAGUAACAGUAGUAGUGAUUUAAACUGUCAAUCAAAACCAGAGCUAUUAUUUAACAGACCGAGAUUAAUCACCUUUUUCCUACGUUUAUCAUGUAUAUACAUGAUUCCUUAUGCAUUUUAUACAUUAUUUUUCAUGUUUCAUUUGUUAAGCAAUGCACAUCAUACUACAGUGUAUUUACAUUUCACGGGGUUUAUUACUUAUACAAUAGACACUUCUAUACAGUUCAUUGCAUAAAUAAAUAUUCGCUAGGUACUUAUUUUUUCUGUAUAUUUAAUGCCCGCGAGUAAAGCUAAAUUUAAAGUUUAAAUAACGUGUUCAUUCUCUAUCAAAUCAGUCAAUGUAGACGAAUGAACCUCCAUUAAAGCAACAUUAUAUGUAUCUUUCUCUGCGAAGUACGCAUUUAAUAGCAAAGGUAGAUAUCUAAUCAAGUUAUCUGUAGAAUAUACACGAAAAGCUUGAAGUGACACUAAAUGUAAAGAUCCCCCGAUUGUGAAACGCUGUUUAUUGAAUUACGAGUUCCUGAAAUAAAAUGGGAAAUAAAGUGUACAGUGGGACAUUUGGAUAGGACAGUGUCAGCAAUGUAAUUUUGUGGAUUUUUGACCAUUGGUAUUAUUUUUCGACUACCAUACUAGGACAAUACUGUACUGAUGUCUGUCAUUAUGUAAAGGUGCCAAAUAUAAACAUUCCUUAUUCUUCUGAACACUUAUGAAGUUCGCACGUCAAUCAACUUAUGUGUUAGGAGUUACCAAGUAAUUAUAGAUCUAUACCGAAUACGGAGAAUGAUAUUCGUGGUAUCAUGAUUUAAACCAAAAAGGGAGAAAAAUUAACAUUUUACUAAACAUUAAUGUUCAUAAUAAUCAUAAUGAAACCGAAAAAGGAAAAAUAUUCACAUUUUCUCAAAUUUAUGUUUACAUUUUGAUGUGUUUAAUUUUUGCUCAUUCACCCCAGGCGCCAAAUAAACCAAAAUAUAACCACAUCCAACAUAUCCUAAAAUAUAAUUAUCAAGAUUAAACCGAUAAAAAUAUAAUUAACAUUUUCUUUGUUAAUAAGAACCGCAUUUUUUAUCAAAACUAAAUGUAUAUAUUUGUUUUUGUUAUAAAGAUUACUAAAUUGUGUUAUGGAUUAAUUACAAAAGUAAAGGCUAUCAAACUUCUUAACUUUGGGAGAAUGAGUUUCAAUACAAUGAAAGUACACACGGAGAUAGGAGUUAUAAUUGUUUGUUCUUAUAUCAUUAGAUUCGGUCCUUUUAUAUUUUCUCUUUCCAAAGAGGACCGUAUUAAUUAUAUACACUAGUGAAAAAUAUGACUUUUAUAGAUUAAAUUUUUACGAUAUUUGACUGGUAAAAAUGUAACAAAAUGUGAAGAUUUUUGAUAAUUAUGACCACGAAAUGGAUAGUAAUAUUUUAAUAUGAUUUGUGUGAAGCGCGAUUCUCGUCGUCUGAACAGAUUCAGUAUGUAUUUACACGAUCAUUGUUUCCGGAUCAUGUUGGUUUUCGUUUUUGUCUCACCGCAUCUGAUGUGGUUCCUCCAUUAGCGUCCUAUCGUCAUUGUAUGUUGGGGAUGUGAUGUAAGUUACAUCUUAUUUCCCAAUGGACCCUAGCAAUAGAGAACUAAAAGUAGAGUGAAUUGAACCGCAUUAUAGUAAUUACAGUUCUAUCAGAGCGUUCUAAUCAGUUAGCUUUACCUCUCCUUUCUGUGACUUGACAGGGUAUAUGUACGUUAUGUUCAAGCAAUUAUGUAUAGAAAUAUUGCAGAUACUGAUCGACUUCAAUACUUUAUAUACAUAUAUAACCCAUGCCAUGUUAUAGUGUCAUCACUUGUUGAUUUUGAUGCAAUUUUACGUUUUAUACAUAAAAUAAAAUUUCAGUUUUUGA